AUGCAAGCAAUCCAAGUGAAUCAAAAGAACAACCCAAAAGCAACACCGAAACGUUUCAUAAAAUCCCAAAUCCCAGACUCAAUCCUCAACGAUCCAUCUCUCAACGCCGCCAUCUCCCUCCUACCUUCCAACUACAGCUUCGAAAUCCACAAAUGUAUCUGGCGCGUCCGUUCCUCACAAGCAAAACGCGUCGCCCUCCAGCUACCCGAAGGCCUCCUCAUGUACUCUCUAAUCCUCUCUGACAUCUUCACUGCCUUCGCUGCCGUCACCCACUGCUUUGUCCUCGGCGACGUCACCUACGGCGCCUGCUGUGUAGACGACUUGUCGGCUUUAGCUCUCCACGCUGAUUUGUUGAUUCACUACGGUCAUAGCUGUUUGGUACCCAUUGAUGCUACUAAAAUCCCAUGUCUUUAUGUCUUUGUAGAAAUCAAAAUCGACGUCAGCCGUCUGUUCAACACCAUAAACCUCAAUUUUGGGACCCCCAAGAGAAAAAUUGUACUCGCGGGCACCAUUCAGUUUGCUUCCGCUAUUAGGGAAGCCAAACCUGAAUUGGAAAAUAAUGGUUUUGUUGUUUUGAUCCCGCAAUCAAAACCCUUAUCUGCCGGAGAGGUUUUGGGUUGUACUGCACCCAAAAUGUCAAAAAAUGUUGUUGCCAAUUUGGGUUUUAGUGAGGAGGAGACGGUUUUGGUGUUUGUAGCGGAUGGAAGAUUUCAUUUAGAAGCAUUUAUGAUUGCGAAUCCAGGGAUCAAGGCCUUUAGGUAUGACCCGUAUUUAGGCAAGUUGUUUUUGGAGGAGUAUGAUCAUAAGGGAAUGAAGGAGGUAAGGAAAAAGGCGAUAGAGAGAGCAAAGGGAGCGAGGAAUUGGGGGAUUGUUCUUGGGACGUUAGGAAGGCAAGGGAAUCCGAGGAUAUUGGAGAGGUUGGAAAAGAAGAUGAGGGAGAAAGGGUUUGAUUAUGUGGUUGUUUUGAUGUCGGAGAUUAGUCCGGUUAGGAUUGCAUUGUUUGAGGAUUCUGUUGAUGCUUGGAUUCAAAUUGCUUGUCCUAGGCUUUCUAUUGAUUGGGGGGAUGCUUUUAAGAAGCCAUUGUUGACCCCUUUUGAGGCAGAGAUUGCGCUUGGGGAUUUGGCUGGUUGGUGGGAGAAGAGUUUGGCUGCAAGUUCAGGGUGUGGCUGUGGUGGCAGUGGUUUUGGAUGUGAUGGGAAGAGUGAUGGAUCAUGUUGUCGGUGUAAUGAUGGGGAUGCAAAGGUUGUGGAGGAAGAUUUUGGUGGUGAGUAUCCCAUGGAUUACUAUGCUCAGGAUGGUGGGGAAUGGAAUUCUUCAUAUGUGAAGAAAGCAACUCGACCUGUCCGGAGAAAUGUUGUGUCUUCUAUUGGCAAUGGCGCUGCUUCGUAA